CAAAACUCCUAUUAACCCAUGAAUAAAUCCGACUGCUAAAGCGCCGCGGCGUCUGUCGCCCACACAAAUAGUCGGCGUCGCACGUGAAUAUACGCCGUCAGUCAUUUAGUUGCCGCCGUGCUGCUCAUCAUUAUUUGCAAGAAGCUUUACUAAGUAAAUUACGGUCAAGGCAAAGUGCGUUUCCAUGUCACUUACAUUUGAUAAUGCGACAAAAAGUGAAAAUUAGUGAAUUUUAACGAAGUAUGUAUGCGAUAUACGGGUUAUGCGCAAUUCCGUGUUAGACUGAUAAAAAGAAAAUUAACUGUGAAGUUGAGCCAGGACGGUUUUUCCAUGACUGACUUAAGCGAGUGUUUUGCCAAAGCGCCAAGCAAACCUUUAUGAAGUACUGAUGGUUUUCAGAAAAUCAGCCCAAAUUUCUUUAAGUGUGAAAACAAACUUCUAUAACCGAAACUCGAGCAUUGUCUCAUUGUGUGAACCGUUUGGCAGGGCAGAUGCAUAAAAAUUCCUCAACAUUAUGUGAAAUUAAUAAAGUUCUUCUUUGCUUCUUGCCAAGCCUGUAGGUAGCGUAGGGUUAGAUUUAAACAGUGGGGUGUUCCUGAUUGAGUGCUUACCAUUAUGGAAGCUGAGGUCACUCAGCUCACAAAUCCUUAUGGAGACCAACAAAACUUUAAUGAGAUUCAAGGUGACUCUGGAAGCCUCACAGUUUUAUCACGGAGCACCACUGCUCCAGGGAGCCAAGUGCUCCAUCGCCAAUGGGUUACGUUGACGGCCGGAAUGUGGCCCCCUGUCGAAACUGGCUCUACGCAGCCGUUGGUGCCCCCUUCGGGUCGCCUGCCUAUUUUGGCCGCAGUCUUCUGCGGGGCUGCCUUCCUAGUCGCCUUAUUGGGGGCUUUUUUGCUCUACUGGUGUUGCAUUAUGCCGCGAAAGGAUAACAAACAUUACUGUUUAAGAAAAGUUGACCCUAACAUGUCGAACUCUUCGACCCAAAUUCCUGGAUGCCAUCAACCGCCACCGUAUCCUGUCAGCCAAGCAGCAGUAUUUGCUGAACAAAAAAGGUGUGGUUGGGGGUAUAGCAACAGGUUGAUCGCAAGUGGAGGUCCAUUGGAGCCAAAUCCAUGGUACACUGGGAGAACGAUAGGUGGGCCACAAUGUACACAAUGUCCUGGGAUAUGUCCUGUACCUAGAAGCAAUAGCAAUCCUGGGACACAGACCCAUCAUGCUACAGCAAAUCCAUUAUCAAGGAGGCAAAGACCAGUCAGUCAACCAAUUCCAGCAAAUAUACAAAUCGAUGGGGACGUUGUGCCUACACAGACCCUGCCGGAAAUAUCAGAAUUUAGCCCCAACAGCCCUCAGUACGCAUCUAGCAGUAUUUUAGAUGAUAUUGGUAGCAAAGAAGGAGAAAACACUGGUCAACACGCAGAGCAACCGAGUUUGAAAACUCGAAGUUUGCCGGCCUGGGUCAGAUCCAAGCCAAGGCCCUUAUCUACCGAAGACGAUUUAAAUGAUUUAUAUGCCAAGGUCAACUUCAGUAAAAAGCGGAAAAAUCGAAUGAGGAACGACGAAGCGGCAAUUAUAGCUCUUAGUAAAUCCAGAAGCCAAUUUCUUCACAAGGACACUGAUUCGUUAGUUGACAACGAAGCUGUUAUUGUUUACGACGAACGAACAGCUCUUUAGAUUAUAAUCAGCUUCAAUCCCUAAAUGUCAGUAAUUAUUACUUUUUGUAAAUAUUUUCUCUUUGUUCGGCGAUUAAUUUCCGAUCCAUUAUUAAUACAAUAGGCGACAAAUAUGAAGAGUGAUUAGGUUGAAUCAUAAAAAAACAUAGAAAAUAAAUGCUAAUUGCAUAAUAUUUUAGCGGCUUAUUUCAAUUGCUUGUUGAAUACCAGAACUGAUUAGUCAGAUUUUACCUUCAUUAAGUAGCUACAUUGUGAUAGAUUCAGCAUUUAUUGCUUCUAUGAAGAUCAAGUUGUCUCGUCUUUGCCACAAUAAACACUUUUUCUAGAAUUGUAUUAACGUUUAUAAAUAGAAUUACUGUUUAGAUGAGAAUGUUUUCCAAUUUGAGUAAUAAAUGUAAAUUAACAGGCGGUA